AUGCUAGUUGACAGUCCGCCACAAGGUAUAAUCAAUGUGAUACAUGGGAUCAUCGAGCUAGAGCGGGUUUGCAAGCUUAGAGGGAUGAUCAAGAAAGCGGAGCACAUCAGGAAAGUGCUAAAUGUACAACCUAUCAUGAAAAAGGGGAAGACGGAAGCGAAAAAUGUCAUCACCUUCUUUGACAGGGACUUGGCAAGGUUGCAAAGCCCUCACAAUGACGCACUAGUGGUGAAACUGCGUGUCAAGAAUUUUGACAUCAAGCGGAUCUUGAUAAACCAAGGGAGCUCGUACAAGAUAAUGUACUAUGAGACCUUCAAGCAACUCAAAGUGGAGAACAUAGAUUUAGCACCCGCGAUAUCUCCCUUGGUUGGUUUCGACUCUAUGCUAGAAUGGCCGGUUAGCAAGAUAAUUUUGCCUGUCAAAAAGCUGGGACGAUGA